AGAAGAUUAUAACUUGCACUUUGUAAUACUCACAUAGAGUCACAUUAAUUAUUUGAGUGUAACAUACCAAUUUCAUAAGAAAAAGAGAAAUGGAAGCUCGUUAUUUUCUUGUUUACCUUACUUUCACAGCCAUGUCUUCCUACAUGGCCUAUGCAACGGAUCCUACUCAGCUACAAGACUUUUGUGUUGCGAUGAAUGACCCAAAAAAUGAACUGUUUGUGAAUGGGUUGCUUUGCAAGAAUCCAAUGGAUGCGAAACCCGAGGAUUUCUUUAUUGACGGGCUAGACAAGCCCGGGAACACUAACAAUAGGGUGCAAUCCGCUGUCACGCUAGUCUCUGCAUUACAACUUCCAGGGCUCAACACCCUCGGCAUCUCAUUGGCUAGGAUUGACUAUGCACCUUACGGCCUUAACGCUCCUCACACGCAUCCUCGUGCAAGUGAAAUCCUUACAGUCAUUGAAGGAACCCUCUAUGUUGGCUUCGUAACUUCCAACCUUGCUAACGGCGAUAACAAGUUGUUCACUAAGGUGCUUAACAAAGGUGAUGUGUUUGUUUUUCCACAAGGCCUCAUUCAUUUUCAAUUCAAUAUUGGAAAAAUUCCUGCUGUCGCUAUUGCUGGACUAAGCAGCCAAAACCCUGGUACGGUCACCAUUGCUAAUGCCGUUUUCGGGGCUGAUCCACCUAUCAAUGUUGAUGUACUAAGCAAGGCCUUCCAGCUAGAUGAACACACUGUGAAGAUGCUUCAGUCCAAAUUUUGAACGAGCCCGUAAUUUGCUAUUCCGGAUGAUUUUGGAGUAUUUAUACAAUAAUAACCAAGUGAUCUAUAGGGUCUUACUUGGUUUAUCAACGUUACUCCUUCAUGUUUUAAAUAUAUCCUAGUAAAGUAGUAAUCCUACAUUACUACUUUACUUUGAAUGAACCUUUAGUUGAUUAUGCCACGAUUUUGAAGUAUUAUUUCAUACAAUAACAACCAAGUGAUCGAUAUGGUCGUCUUGUUUUAUCCACGUUAGUUCUUCAUGGGUUCUAAAUAUAUAUCCUACUAUGUGUACGUUCUAAUACACACAUUUUACAUGUUAUGUUGUUUUUGAAUUAUUGUUAUGGAACAAUGAUAUAUACAGUGCUGGAGUUUGAAUAA